UUCUGUUGUGCAACUGUUGAUCUCUGAUUUGCUUCCAACAGAAAUUGCCUAUUGUGAAGGAAAGCAAUCUUCCGAUUGCCCAAUGUGAAUGCAGGUAUCGUGGCAUGUGACGGUUUAAUUAGGUUGUACAUGGUUUUUGUACCUAAUGCAUUGAAGAAUCUCCCAAACAGCAGGGAGAAGACCCAUCUGGAUUUCAAGAAGCUGGAUGCAUACAUGCACAAUUUCAAGGGUAGGAGUUUGAGGGAGAUUAUUGUCUUGUUCAGCUUCAGGAAGUCAUUUGGUGGCCACGUGAUUGGAAUUAGUUCACAAGACAUGGCCACACAUGUUGGAUCAGAGAGUGCUCUUUCACAAAUUUUCCGCCUUGUUGAAUCAUCGCAGAUGGCCAGAGCUCCUGUGCAAAAGUUUGCCGAACGGAUCUCCAAGUACUUUGUGCCUUUUGACUUGGAUAUUGCAAUUGUCAAGGCCACUAACUAUGUUGAACAGAUGGCAAAAGAAAAACAUAUGUGCAGCUGGUCAUCUGCUUCUUGUUAAGCCAAUGGAUGUGGUAGUCUAGGCUCGUGUUUCUUCACAGACAGGCUACCAAGGAUGCUGGUGUUAUUGCUGGAAUGAAUGUAGCCAGGAUUAUCAAUGAACCAACAACCGCAGCCAUUGCCUAUGAUUUGGAUAAGAAUGGUGGGGAGAAAAACAUCCUUGUGUUCAACCUUGGUGGUGGGACAUUCGAUGUCAGUAUCUUGACAAUUGAUAAUGGGAUUUUUGAGGUUCUAACCACAAAUGGAGACCCAUCUUGGAGGUAUGACCCUCACUAUUUUCCAUUGGUUUUCUAGUUUAGUGGAUUGAGAAUCAUUGAAUAAAAAACAGUUUAGCAUUCUCCAUUUCUCAUUAGUGAAUGCAACUUGAUAUAAAUCACAAAGAUAAAGUCAUACCAGUUAGGGAGGCUAAUCAUUGAUUUUUCUUACACCUUCGUAAACACAAGUUCUGAGAGAACCUGGCCAUGUAUGACUAGAUGAAAAUACAAUCAAUAAGUCAGCCCCUUUAUCCAAAUUGAUACAUAAAACAUGCAAGCAAUCAAA